AUGAAAGAUUCAAUCUUGAAAAUUCCUAUUCUGCCAGCAGAACUCAUCACUGAAAUUCUCUUGAAAUUCAUUAUAUCUGCUAAUAACAAAGAUUACACUCACCACAGACUUGUGUUGAGUUCAGCUGAAUCCAGUUACAAACUUAAGGACUGUUCUCUUAGCUCUUUGUUUAAUGACUUUGUGACUGAGUUAUUUGACUUGGAUUAUCCCACCAAAAACACCCACCAAUCUGUUUGGGUUGUGGGGUCUAUCAAUGGAUUGACUUGUCUUGCCAAUAGGUCCACUGACUUGUUUCUAUGGAAUCCAUCUAUUAGAAAGUUCAAGAAAUUGCAUGAUCCUUCUAUACGUACAAGUGGUUGCCAUUUUGAUUGUCAUGCUAGUGUCAAAUAUGGUUUUGGAUAUGAUGAGUCAUGUGAUGAUUAUAAGGUAGUAGUAGUUAUGUUUUAUAUUUGCAGAUAUGUAAGUUUGCAUCCUGUUAAGGUCAAAAUAUAUAGUCUAAAGAGUGAUUACUGGAGAACUGUUAUUGGGAAUUAUCCGGGUGAAAUGUGUUCCAGUGACGUGGGUACAUUUGUAAAUGGGAAGCUUCAUUGGGCUAGUAAUAAUGGUUGUUGUUUGCAUAGGGGUUGGAACAUCAUUUCUAUUGAUUUGACUGAUGAGAAAUGGGGGAAGCUAGAGCAACCCCGCUAUGGAGAAGGAGAUACUCUUUUGCUGCUGUCAGUGUUGAGAAGUGAUCUUUCUGUCUGUUGUAGUUAUAUGAGAAGUCACACAGAUGUGUGGGUUAUGAAAGAGUAUGGGGUUAAAGAAUCUUGGACAAAGAUGCUUACCAUCAAAUAUCCUACUGUUUUUGGGAAUAAUUUGUUUUCUCCUUUUCUUUCUCCAACGCUUUGCAUGUCAAAAAAAGGUGAAAUAUUGCUCAUGUCCGGAUCAACCUUCAUGAUACACAAUCCUGAGGAUGAAUCGAUCAGAAAUACAGAGGUCGCUAACGUUAGUACCAGUAUUGCGGCAUGCAUCUACAUUGAAAGCCUAGUUUGUCCCUAUUUACAAAACGAACCAAGUACACAACAAGAAUGAAGGUUGCAGAAACUCAGGUGAAUGACAAUAGUAUAGCUAAUGACUUGAGUUGCACUUUAUACAUUUUCCUCUUUUUUGUCAAAUUUAGAAAAAGACACUGCAUAUUUUAAAGACAU